AGAGCAUUGACUAUAAUGAAAAUAUUUUAUGUCUAAAUUCUAGAAAAAAUCAAAGAUCUCCUCCUCUCGAAAGCUGGGGUUGAAGAUCAGACUGUUGGCAGUCGCUGCUCAGAUGCUGCAGGAGGAUACAGAGCAGAAGAUAAAGGAAAGAGAAACUGCUCUGGCAGAGAGAGUUCCUCCUCUAAAUCUGUCUGGUUUGUCGUUGCAAGAGAUGCUGGAUCUUUGCAAAGACUUGCACCACAAGAUUGAUGUAGUAGAUGAGGAGCGGUAUGAUAUCGGCCUCAAGGUGUCCAAAAACCAAAAGGAGAUUGGGGACAUGAAUCUGAAGAUCAUUGAGAUCCAGAGUAAGUUUAAGAAACCGACCCUGAAGAGAGUGAAGAUCUCCGCUGAAGCCAUGCUGAGCGUCCUGCUAGGCUCCAAACACAAGGAGUCCAUAGACUUCAAGGCCAACCUCAAAACAGUCAAGAAGGAAGAGGAAAAGAAGGAGGAGGUGACUGACUGGCGUAAGAACGUGGAGGCCAUGUCUGGUAUGGAGGGCAGGAAGAAGCUGUUUGACGCAUCCGGCAAUUAAAGAAACAUUAUUGUUUAAGAAAGCUUCUUCUUCUUAUAAUAAAUUCUUAACAUUA